AUGGGGGCUCAGGGUUUCGGGUUUCCGAAUUCUGAUUCCAUAGCAAACCAAAGUGACAAUGACAGGGAGCGGAUUCCUGUUGAAGAAAUGUUUCAAAAGUUGAAAUGCAGCAGGGAUGGUCUAUCGAGCGAGGAAGGCGAAAAGAGGCUUCAUAUCUUUGGUCCGAACAAGCUUGAAGGGAAGCAGGAAAGCAAGCUUUUGAAGUUCUUGGGAUUUAUGUGGAAUCCCUGUCAUGGACUUCAUCGGUAUCGUGGAGUUGCUGUUUAUCAACUCCAUGAGGCCACGAUUAGCUUCAUCGGAGAGAACAAUGUCGGCAAUGCUGCUGCAGCUCUUAUGGCUGGUCUUGCCCCUAAGACCAAGGUCCUAAGGGAUGGGAAGUGGAGCGAGCAAGAAGCUUCAAUCUUGGUACCUGGAGACAUCAUCAGCAUUAAGUUGGGAGAUAUUGUCCCUGCAGAUGCACGUCUCCUUGAAGGUGAUUCACUCAAGAUCGAUCGAUCUCCCCUUAACGGCGAGUCUUUGCCUGUAAACAAGAAUGCAGGGAACGAGGUAUUCUCCGGUUCUACUGUCAAGCAAGGUGAGAUUGAGGUUGUUGUUAUCGCGACCGGCGUGCACACCUUAUUUGGAAAAGCAACUCAUCUCGUUGACAGCACCAACAACGUAGGGCACUUCCAGCAGGUGUUGACAGCAAUUGGAAACUUCUGUAUAUGUUCGAUCGCGGUAGGGAUGCUUAUUGAGAUAGUGGUGAUGUAUCCGAUACAACACCGCAAGUACAGAGAUGGGACCGAUAAUCUCUUGGUGAUUCUCAUUGGGGGGAUUCCGAUUGCCAUGCCGACAGUUUUAUCUGUGACUAUGGCCAUUGGAUAUCACCGGCUUUCGCAACAAGGAGCUAUCACAAAGAGAAUGACGGCUAUUGAAGAAAUGGCUGGAAUGGAUGUACUCUGCAAUGAUAAAACUGGGACACUAACUCUCAAAAAGCUUACCGUAGACAAGUCCUUAAUUGAGGUUGGUCCUAGAAUUGAAGUUGAAACUAAUUAUGGAUCAAUGAUGCAUUUAAUCUCAUCCCGGAACCGUCCUGUGACAUUUCAGGUGUUUGCGAGAAAUGUCAACAAGGACAUGGUUCUUCUACUCGCCGCAAGGGCUUCGAGGGUCGAGAAUCAAGAUGCUGUCGAUACAUGUAUUGUUGGAAUGCUAGGUGACCACAAGGAGGCUAGAGCAGGUGCUACUGAGGUACAUUUCUUUCCCUUUAACCCGGUAGACAAGCGUACAGCCAUGACAUAUAUUCAGCCUGAUGGUAGUUGGCAUCAAGCCAGCAAAGGUGCUCCAGAGCAGAUUAUCGAUCUAUGCAAUCUGCGAGGUGGUGCAAGGAAGAAAGCUCAUGAAAUCAUCUCUACAUUUGCUGACCAAGGGCUUCGAUCUCUUGCUGUUGCUAGACAAACUGUUAAAGAGAAAAGCAAGGAUGCCCUGGGAGAACCUUGGGAAUUUGUGGGUAUAUUGCCAGUGUUUGAUCCUCCGAGGCAUGAUAGUGCAGAGACAUUUCGUCGGGCUCUGAAUCUGAAUCUCGGUGUCAAUGUCAAGAUGAUCGCUGGUGAUCAACUAGCCAUCGGAAAAGAAAACGGUCGCAGGCUCGGCAUGGGAACAAACAUGUAUCCAUCAUCUGCUCUCCUUGGUCAAAAUAAGGGCGACACAAUCUAUACAAUUGGCGCCGAUGACCUUAUUGAGAAGGCUGAUGGCUUUGAAGGCGUUUUCCCUGGUAAGCUCAAUAGCAAUAUUAUUUCGGUAUAG